CAAACGUAUACGUAUACUGAAUGUUCAAUCGCCCAGAUGAGUCCCAUAGAUUCGAUACUAAAUCGUGUAUCAAGCUUAACAAGCAAACAAUUUCGAAAUAUACCGGGCACGCUCGAAGAGGCGGUCUCGACAGGUGCGAAAGUCUUCCAGUCACAACUGACGAAGCCAUUUCUAGCUGAGCAGGCUCUUAUCGAGGAACACAAUCCAUACAAGCAUGUAACGGCUAAGGUUCGUCAGGGCAGAUCACUCUGUCGUGAUGAAGAAGCGUUUGUCAAACAACGGGAGGGAAACAAGACGCGCAAGGCUAUUGGAGAUCUAUUGGG